GGUAGCACCGAUGGGGCUCGUUCGGGCGCGCGCUUCGGGCGCGCGCGCCGGCCCAGUAUCCGUUCGAAACGCUGCGGCUUUAACUGAUCCACGUCCACGUCUAUAUAAAUCGGCUAGAAAUCUGUCUCUACUUCAGUGUAAACAACCAAUUCUACUCAAUCGAUAAGCUUCUUUGAAACUAAGAAAAUGGCACAAGGGCUAUCAGAAUCAGAGGGUGGAUGUAAAACAGGAGAAUGGCAUCCAUUUGACUUGAUAAACGAAAAGAAUGGAAAACGUCUCUCCUUCUUUCUUGUUGUGCUCAUCGUCUGCUUCCACAUUGCUCGACAUCAGCUAUUUCCUUAUGAUUCUUGCCAAGCUCUAUUACAAGAUGGUCACUAUCAUGGUCCUGGUGCCUGGCAACCGGAAGGAUGUACCAUGCAUCAUUAUUCACUCAAAGAUACGUUAACUUGUUUUCAAGACAAGCGGGUGAUCAUCGCAGGAGAUUCACGUAUGAGGCAACUCUUUUUUUCACUUGUUAAAAAACUGACUGUUCAUACUGUUGAAGAGGGGAAAAUACAUUCUGAUAUAUUACACCAUGAGGAGGAUAGAAAUACAGAUAUAGAAUUUUGGUGGCAGCCGGAGCUUAAUGAUUCUACCAUAGAAGUCUAUAGGAAGAGAAUAUUGGCUGAAGAGAAAAAGCCUACACUUGUUGUUCAUGGACUAGGAACAUGGACCAUCAAACUUAACCAAGGAUCUCCGUCAGCUCUACAACAGUUCCAAACAAACCUGACAAAUUUUGCUCCAGUCCUUGCCCAAACAGCCCAACAAACAGAAGUCAUAUGGAUGUUACAAGCACCUGUUCAAGAGGAACUACUAACCCCCGCAAGGAGCAUGAUUACAAACGAGCGAUUACAACAAUACAAUGAUGCUGCAGAGAAAUAUCUGAGUAAUACAGGUGUGGUAUUUUGGAGGACCGCCGUCUUAACAUCAUCAGAAUCCUAUGAGAAUACAAUGGAUGGACUACAUGUAUCAAAUGAAGCCAUUCAAACAGAUGUUCAAAUUCUGUUCAACCGUCUUUGUAAUGCAGUAGUAAAACCGUCAGAUGCUAACUGUUGUUCGAAACCACCUUCUGGCAUGACAUGGAUACAGAAAGGAACGUUUGGAUUCUUUGUAGCAAACUUCUUUCUUGCCGUAUUCUUCAAAAUCCAGUCCAAUCGCCGACAGGGGCUGACUAAAUCCCCUACUCACAAUCAUGUUGAUACCGAAGCGGCCAAUCACAUCAGUUCUAAUGAUGCAACAGCCAAUCACGUCGCAACCAAUAAUGUAACAGCCAAUCAGAUUUCUCCUGCUCCUUCGAACACCAAGGAGAAACCACAUUGGAUUGAUACUGCUUAUGAUUGCACCAGCUGCCUGGCUAGAUAUGGUUUGGUCAUGCUGUAUGUCUACUUGUGUGAUAGGACGGACUUGUUUCCCAAGAAGCAGAAGUAUUACUCAAGCUUUUACUUCUUCUUUUCGCUCUUCUUAGCUUUUGCCAUAUCACUCUUUUUCCAUGAUAAUACGAAGAAGCCAACCAUCUUAAAUCUUGACCAGACUAAAGAAUGGAAAGGAUGGAUGCAGUUAUGUAUCUUGAGCUAUCACUAUCUAGGUGCUAGUAAGGUAGUUCCUAUUUAUAUGCAUCUUCGUUUGAUUGUUGCGUCGUACCUCUUCAUGACGGCGUAUGGUCAAUUCUGCGCAUCCUGGGACAAAAGCAAGUUUGGUCUUGCAAGAGUCUGUAACGUAAUAUUCCGUAUGAAUCUGAUGGUAUUCUUCCUGUGUCUUGUGAUGAAUAGACAGUAUCAGCUCUAUUACUUUGUCCCACUGGUCAGCUUCUGGUUUCUUGUCAUCUAUGCAACCAUGGCCAUCUUUCCAAGAGUUACAAGACAAACUGCAGAAGAAAACAAAAGGCAUUAUCUGUACAUGGCUGCUAAACUUUUGGUGCUAUUCAUCAUCAUCACAUGCCUAUCAUUUUCACAGGUAACGUUUAAUCUCAUGUUUGAAUGGUGGCCUCUGAAUCAACUCUUCUUCUGGCCAGGCACAUCUAUUUAUGAAUGGUGGUUUAGAUGGAAUCUUGAUAAAUAUACUAUUCCAUAUGGUAUGUUCUUUGGUUACAUCCUCCUGACUUCAAAAGCUUCUAAAUUGGUGGAUGAUAGCUAUGGUGGGGACCUCUUCUCUCCAACCAAAACCAUAAUUAUUUACAUCAUAGCGGCAGCAGUCUUUCUAUUAUACAGCUUCCAUUUAUACCAGUGUGACAGCAAGCCAGAAUGUAAUAAUAUUCAUAGUUAUACAAGUUUUAUACCGGUUACGGCCUUUGUAAUACUGCGCAACACCAGUGGUUACUUGCGGAGAAAAUAUAGUGUGUUUGCUGCAUGGUUUGGUGAAAUCUCUCUUGAGCUAUUCAUUUCACAGUAUCACAUCUGGCUGGCCCAGGAUACAAAGACCCUCCUCGUUCUCGUGCCUGGUUACCCGACCCUCAACCUCAUCGUCACCUCCUUCAUCUUUGUUUGCGUUGCCGUGGAGAUCAAAGACAUCACGGGGACUCUCACAUCAAUCGCCGUUCCAAACGAACCUAAGAAGCUCUACGUCCGUCUGGGUCUCUUCGCGCUCUUUCUUGCCUUUCUUCUCGCCUAUACAACUCUUUUAGGGGAACCAACGACGUAGUGUGAACAGAGCUGGGAUGUGGCUGUGUAGUAAUUAGUUACUAUUACUUUGUCACAUGCUUCUCGGCUAUGACAAAAAUAUAUCAAAUACAAUCAAUAUAUUAUAAUUGCCAUAGUUUCAAUUUGCAAUUUGAAUUCAUGCCAUAAUAAGUGUAAUUGAGAUAUAUGUAUAUCAAUGUACAUGAUAGUUUUAAUUGAAAUGCUGUUAACAGUUGCCUUCAAAAAAGUUUUAUCCCAUAUUUUUUUCAUGCAUUUGUAUACAAAGUUCUUUCAGCUUGAAGUGGUAAGCAUUAGUGUGUUCUAGUUAACUUUGAAGCUAAGUUAUUGUGAAUAUUCAACAAGAUAUGACUGUAUAUUUAGCAAGAUUAUGAAAAUAUAUAUUUAGAAUGGGAACAUGGUAGUGAAUGAUUUCUCCAUUUCUCAGUCAGGACAAAGUGCAUGGUGGGUUUAUAAAAUGAGAUUCAAUUCUGAAGGUUUUAUCAGAUUUUUACCAGUAUUCGCUUCCCUUGAUCAACAACAAUAACAAUAUCCAACAUAACACCUACAGGCAAUGUUUGUCAAAAUUGAAUUUAUCUCCUAAAGUCGGUCAAAUUAAUUUUGAAUUACAAAUAUUCCUAUUUGCUGAAAUACGUUAUAAGAAAAUAAAAAGUAACUAUAAAUUUUAGUUCACGCCUUUGAAAAUAAGCAAAUUUCUCAGGAAGAUACACAAAGCUAUUCAAACAACACAACACAUUUGUGCAAUUAAAUAUGAAAUGCCUGUUAUGCCAUCUGAAAACUGCCAGUCAUUUUUUUUCUUAAAUAAAAAAAUAUCUACUUUACAAUCCCCAAUGGGUUGGAAAGAAAACCCUCUCCACCGCCCGUGAAAAAAAAUUGUAAUGAAAAGGACAAAAAUCGUAUUUAUUCAUACAUUACCUUCCAGUUUUUAAUAUUUGUGUUGAGGAUGUAUAGAAGUUUCAAACCUAAUUAGUCUUUAAAGGUAAGAUUAUAGUAUACCACAUUUUUGUAUGCAUAAUUUGUGGUGUCGAGUUUAAAAACCAAGCUCUCAGAUACUGUUGAAUCCAUGAAAGGCCCAUCAUUUUCAUUGAAAUAAGAAUAUAUGGUAUAUAUUUAAAAAAAUAUUUUCUUCGAUGACUGUCACAGCAUCAGAAUAAAGUAUGCAAUGUACUUCAGAUCUGGCAUUGGCAGAGGCAUAAAUUUCGUCUGUGUAUAAUCGAGAAUCCAUCUACUUUUUCGUUACGUAUCGAUGCAGUUUUCUGUAUUUUGCUCGUUUAAUUUUUACUUCUCAUUUACUUUCAAAGUACUAGUAUUAUACACCCAAUUUUGUUUAUUGUUCUGAUAAAGAAAAAACUCACAGCAUCUACUUUCAUAGUUGCCUAUGUCUUUCUGCUAGCUUGCUAAAACAAAAGAAAAAGUUAACAAAUAUUUUUAGUAAGCUAUCACCAAAACUGAAACUAUUUCAAAAACAUUUGUAAUGUUUGGCCUUGUUUUGAAACUUUAAACGAUGUCCUUUUUUAUUUUCUAUUUGAAAUAUGCAUAUUGAUAUUUUAGAAUACUUUAGAUGUGUGAGCUUUAGUUGGAGCUAUGUUUUAUAAUAUUUCUUCAAUUUUAAAUCAUCUUUGCUUUCCAUUCAUUUUCAUAUGUAGACAAUUAUUAGCUGAAAAAAUAAAAAUGGCCGUAACUUGCUUUUUCCGUCAAAAUUAAGCUGUUCUCUUAUGUAAACAAUUGAAUUACCUAGGUUGAUUUACCCUUUAUUUUAUAAAAUGCUGCUUUUAACAUGUAGAGCAAUACUGUAGUUAGGCUGAAAGAUUAGUUUACUUUUAGUUGGUUGCUUCUUAAUCUUCAACAACUCAUGUUAAUAUUUUAUGUAUUAUCGUACAAUAAGAUAUUCCUUUUCUCACUAACUUAUUAAGAUUGAAUUGCAAUACUUGAAUUGAAAGUUAUUGAAAAAAUAACUAAAUAAAGGUGCAUGAAAUUAGUGAGUCUUUUGAAUAUUUCAUAACUGAUUUAUGAAAUUUUGUAAAUAUUGUAAAUUAUCAGAUGAUAAUGACUUAAAUUACUAUAUUCAUGAAAUUAAAAUUUGCAAUUUUGUUGAAUUAGUGUGAGUCUUCAUUUUUUGGAAUAUUUAGAGUUUAGAAAACCAAAGUUGCAAAAAUCUUUUUUUAGCAUUUCAGCGUUUUUGAUAUCAGAUUUUGUUAGAGCAUGAUGAAAAACCGCCACUACCAUAAUAUGGUGGGAAUCGGGCCAUUGGCGCAUUAUUGCCCUGGUUCUAAAUGUUAGGAACCAGGCCAACAAUACAUUAAAUAAUUCAUUAUUACUAUCAUUUCAUUCAAUUGUCAAAUUAUGAAUUUAUGUUGACUUUGUCAUCUUUUCUUGUAUGACUUCCAACUGUAAUGAAGUUUUUUAUUGAUUUCAUUUUUUUUUGUACAAUAAGCCGAAAUGAAGGAAAAUUAAUGAAUGAAAAUCAACACCGACUUCAAGAACAGACACAAAUAAAAACAGACCAGUGUACACAAUGAAUCUGCAUUAUUUAUUCUACUAAAAACUUACAAGCGCAUUAUUAGUGCAAUAUACAAGAGCUUGGGUACAUACACAGUUCAAAGUAACAAUGGGUUUGGGGAUUUAAAUAAAGAUAAUAGUACUGGGGAAUGCUCUCUACAUACAAAAUUUGGUACAAGCCAUAACAACUCCUAGUACUUGGCCACUAUGGCCCGUAUUCUGAAGUCGGGUUUAAAGUCUGGUCUGAAGUUGUGGUUUAACUAUGGAUAGCCAAUAGUGGCAUAAAUCUCUAGCAGUAUAAUUUCAAUGCAUCAGCUCAAUUUUCUCAUAUCAUUCUUAACUGUUUCAAAAAGAUAAAUAAGAUAGCCUUUUUUCACCAUUCACGAGUUGGGAAAGAGUAUAGUAAACAUAACAUACAAUGUAAGGAAAAUUUUGACAUUUUUGGCUUUCCAUAAUUUUAGCACAAAGUUAGACCAUGGUCUAAGUUAAACCCGACUUCAGAAUACGGGCCCAUGUAGUUCAUUUUAUCUGUUCAGUGUGAUAUAUGUUAUAUUCAAUGAAGGAAAAUGUAAAACUGUUGUGCAAUAGAGGCUGGUUAACAAUGGUUGAUUAAGUUUUUUUUUAAUGAACACGCAAAGGCAGUAUUCGUUCAUGGAUCUUGAGGGAUAUUUUCACGUUGAUCACAUGUGCAUAUAAACCACACUUUUUUGAAAGGCAGUCUUGUUUUUUAAACAAAAUAUACAAGCCAAACAAAUACCAUGCAAAAGAUUAUUUUUCUUCAUGAAUUAUUAGGUACUUGAC